AUGUCUAUUAGAUAUACAGCAACUUCCAAUAAUUUACAAUUCAAUUCAGUUUCAUCACCGAACACAAUGAAUAUGGCAAAACCAUCUGCAAAUGAUAUAGAACAAAUGAUUCAACGAGCACGACCCACAAAUCGCGACUUGGUUCGUCGAGAUAUUAACCAUGGAAUUAAUUCAUCAAUAAGUAGUUUAUUGUUGAAAAUUGCUCCAUAUUUUUAUAAUAAUGGUACAUCAAAGGAUUUGCUUUGUUUACAUGGAACUGUUACAUGUCAAUAUAAAGGAAAUCGAUAUUAUAUUCCAAUAGAAAUAUGGUUUCAACAAGAUCAUCCAAAUGUUCCACCAUUAGCUUAUGUUAAACCAACAUCAGAUAUGUUUGUUUCAACAGCAAGUCGAGAUGUUCAACCAGACGGAACAAUUAUUAUACCGUAUAUAAAAAAUUGGCGUCAUCCAAAUAGUGAUUUACAGACAUUAUUAAAGGCAAUGUCUGAAGCAUUUAGUCAAUCACCUCCUGUAUAUUCAAAUUCAAAUAUGGUUAAUCGUCCAACACCAUAUCCNUCAGAAAACCUCGACAUCAAACGCACACUCGCUAUUUUCGUCGAAAACAUAUGUGAGUUCCACAAAAAUAACGCUACCUUUAUUUAUCUUUAG